AUGGGAAAUAGUCUGCCACAAUUAAAUGCUACUCGAUCUGAGGCAACAACAACGACCGCAACCACGAUGACGACGGCGACAAAUGGAGCUUCACAUCCAACAAAAUUGAAAAAAUCUCGUAGCCUACGAGAUUAUACACGAAGUGCAUCGUUGAUGAAUAGCAGUACAAACAGUAGUAUAAAAAGAAAUAUUUCAUUAUCGAGACCAAGAUCAAUGGCGCCAAGUGACGCCGAAAUAAUCGAUAUUCGUGCAUUACGUUGUGCAUUGCCUCUAGCAGAAAAUCCUUCCGAGGAUGGAAUAUCAACAACAGCUAAUACAAAUAACGAAGGAGAAAAUCGGCUAUUGAAACAACUUGAUUAUAUCCAAUCAUGCGUACGAAAAGACAAAGGCCUUUUCGGAAUGAUGACAGAAAACCUUCAGAGUAAACACAUUUUUUCCAAUGAUGAACCUGAAAAUACUCACACUUUGGAUCGCACACCUCAAGAUUUCAACAUGGAUUAUCAAUCGAUUUAUUUACAAACACCUGAUGGAGAAUUUAUUCAUGCUUACUGGAUAUAUCAUUCGAUUGAACAAAUCUCUUCGACGACUACUUUAUUGUAUUUACAUGGAGCAGGUGGAAAUAUUUCGCAUCGAUUGGAAGUUGUACGAUUAUUCUAUGAAAAUCUACACUGUAAUGUUCUUAUUAUCGAUUAUCGAGGUUUCGGAAAAAGUACCGGCUCACCAACUGAACUUGGCCUUUACAUCGAUGCUCAAACAGGAUACGACUAUUUAAUAUAUAAACAAAAAAUUAAUCCAGAUAACAUUAUUGUUUUCGGUACGAGUCUUGGCGCAUCUGUUGCUAUUCAACUCGUUAGUGAUCCAUUGAAUCGUGCUCAAGUAGCAAUAUUCGAAAACGCUUUUAUCUCUGUGCCAGAAAUAGCGAAAUAUUUUCUAACAUACGCCAAAAGUGUCAUAGGUGUGACGAAAUCAAUCGGUUUUAUUUAUCUCUUCGAUUCUUUACCUAAAGUACGUCGAAUUGAAUGUCCAUGUAUUUACCUAACCGGUCUACUUGAUCCAAUUAUUCCUACAUGGAUGUCAAGCACACUAUAUAAUGACACACGUGCAGCUCGUAAACGUCAUUUGUUUGAAUAUCCAUUCGGCAAACACAACGAUCUACCAAUAAUGCCGGAAUAUUUCGAAAAUAUUCAAUCGUUCAUCAAUGAAUUGCCACGAACAAAAUCUUCCGAUGAACAAGAAGCGGUGCUCAGAUGA